AUGUUCGAACAAAGUGCUGAUCAUUCCUAUACAAGUAUAGACCAGAAACUUGCUUGCUUAUCUCCAAUACCCCCUGAUUGUAACCUCUUCAGAGUGUAUGAUCAUUUGCGCAGGAUAAAUGUGAAAGCAUACGAACCUGAAAUAAUCGUUAUUGGUCCAUAUCACCAUGGGAAACCCAACCUGCAGGCGAUGAAAGAACACAAAUUGCGGUAUUUACAAGAGUUCCUUACACAAGCGCAAGAGUCAAGUGUCGAAAGAUACUAUAUGGCCACGAGAGACCUAAAAGAUAGAGCGCGCAAAUGUUAUCUAGAACCAAUCAGUCUUAGUGAUAAUGAGUUUGUGGAAAUGAUGCUUUUUGACGGGUGCUUUCUCCUCGAGUUUAUCGUAAAAUACAAUUUCCAUAAUUUGGUAAACGAGGGUGACCCUCUCACCAUGAAUCAGCGGACUUCUUUAGUAAAUCCAGACGUUUCUCCUUGGAUGACAAUCAAAGAUGUGAACCAUAUACUUGGCUUGGCACAUGAUUGUCUGUGUUUAUCAAUUGCUCAGAUGGUGUCUCAUAGAAAUGUUGGUGUUGAUGAUGAGGAGUGGGAGUUCAUAAAUUGUACCACAGAACUCCAAGAAGCCAGAAUUCAGUUAAAGGAGGCAAAGGGAAGUAUUAGUUUGUUGGAUAUUAAGUUUGAUGAUACAUAUAAUAACUUCCAAAGUAUGAGCUCAGGCACAGAGGUUAGACAAGGAGGUCAGGCAAAACACGCAGAACUCAGAGGAUCGAAGCCAGAGCUCCCUCCAAACGAGACAAUAACGGAAAUGAUAAGGGAACAACUGGAUGUUAGCUGA